GCUCAAGGCGUAUGCUAGGCGAGCCCGCAAUGGCGGCAUCAGAGCGAAGUUCCCGGGUAGUUGAACCAGCUGUGACAAUUCCUGUCGUGUCAGUUCCUCCCACACGCGCGGAAGUUCCUCCAAACUACACUGCGACGUUGUCGCAGCCAAGCUGGAUAACUCCUGUGGUUGGUUCCUCCCAGGUGGGUUCCCCCAGCCGGCUGGUGUACCGCGACGUGUCCCCAGACCGGGUCUUCUACCGCGAUAGCAGCGCCAUCUCCCCAGCCCUGCGGUCCUGGAUCGAGUGUCUGGUGGACAACCGCAUCGAUGCGGCCAUGCGCCAGCUGCAGGAGGGCGACUGGGCCCUGCUGCUUGAGCAGACCCGAAGGGAGGCCAGUAGCCACUCUCAGAGCACCAGUGUGGCCGUGCAGCAGUUGGAGGAGGCGCGGCGCCGGCAGGAGGCGCAGGUGAGGAGCCUGGCGGAGGGCCAGAGUCGGCUGCUGGCGAUCGUGGAGAACUUGUCGGGGGACACGGACCGGCAGUUCAGCUCCAGCAGCCAGGCCAAGGCGGAGGCUUUGGCCACCGUGGAGCGGGUCGUUGGCACUGUCGAGGAGCUGCGCCGCACGGUGGACCAGGACGGGGAUGUGGUGAACGCUCGGCUCCGGGAGCACGGUCUUGCCAUCGACGAGACCCGAAGGUCUGUGGCCGAGGAUUUAGCGCGGCUGCGGGCCGCGCAAGCCGAAAACCAGCGCCAGAGCGCAGAGACGGCGUCGCGGCAGCGCCAAGGCAGCGACGAGCUGGCCACCACGGCGGCUUCGGUGGCCGCCACGCGCCAGGAGCUAGCGGAGCUGUCUCGCCUCGUGCAGGGCCUGGAUCGGAAGUUGGGCAGCUGGAAGGGUGAGGUGAAGGUUGAAGUCCUUGAGGAGGUUGCUGGAUCACACUCCUUGCAUGACUCGGACCGCUUGAAACUUGACUCCCUUCACCGCGAGAUAACGCAGAUGGCUGCCACCCGCAUCGACCUGGAGUCUCGAAUUGAGAGGCUCAAGGUAGAGAUCGCAACAAGCUUGAAGUCAAAGCCUGAUGCCGAGAGCCACCUCAGGGAAGUACAGAGCUUUUUGACCAGACGCUUGGAUGACGUAGAAUUUGCAUGCGAGAACCUGCGGUCAGAGCUGUCCACCGCAACAGCCACCAGGAUCGAGAACUUGGAGGCAAGAUCCCAGGAGGCCCUGCAAAGCUUGUCGCGGCGCUUCGACGCGUUGCAGGUGGCCGCGGCAGAGGACGUGGAAUCAGCGCGGCUGGAUAUCAAGAAGCUGUCUUCAUCUCUGAAGUGGCUGGAAGACUCACACGGCUCGCACGAGAAAACAUCUUCGGAGAUCCGCUCUGCUUUGGCUGCGGUGCAAGAUGCCUCCGCACAAAAUGCUUGGCAAUCCUCGAGGGACGCGCUGCGGUCCGAGAUCACCCAAAAGGUCACAGACCUGGUUGGGCGUGUUGACCAGCUGGAGUUUGAACUGACCAGCACGCGGGCCACCCGCGAAAGUUUCGAGUAUCGAGUUCGAGACUCUACGGCUGAAACGCGGCAGAGUGUUGAUCUCCUGAAGGGUGAUGUGACUGCCCUGAGUCACCGAAUUUCUUCGGAGUUGGAGGAUUGGAAGGCUCAGGUGCAAGAGGAGUUUCAGCUCCAACGGGUGUUGAAAGGCGAGCUGGCCGAGGUCAGGGCUUUCUUCAAGGAGGAGCAGACUGCGCUGGCAGCGCUGGAUGAGCAGCUGUGGCUCACGGAUCAGCGCCUGGGCCAGCGAAUCGAUGAGCUCCUGCAGGAGGUCCAGGCGGGUCAGCGCGGGGAGCGGCUGGCGGCAUCCGCCUGGCGAUCUGAGAAGACCUUCGACCGCGAACGGCUGAGCCGGCGCCUGGAGCCCUGCUUCGAGCCUACGAGCUUUGCGGAGAGCGACAUGGGAGCUCAAGCUCAUGGUUCCUUGUCCAUGGUGCGGCAGGCAGCGGAGACCCUGGCAGAGCAUGGCGGCCUCGACAGGAGAUAAUUGAGUGCUCGAGGUGUGCGCCAAGGCCAAAGGAAGGGCCUGGUGUCACAUUCUCAAGGAAUUUGCAAGGUGCCAGAGGCGAUGCUGUGCAUGUAGAUUAUGGAGCUAAUGGACACGGAAUG